AUGCUGGCCCUGCGCUGCGCGCUGCUGACAGCCCUGCUGGCCGCGCGGGGGGCCGCCCUGGCCCCAGCGGGCUGCCCGGCGCCGGAGGUGGUGAGCGAUACGGUGACCAGCCUGCCUGGGGCCAGUGUGACCCUGACCUGCCCGGGCGGGGAGCCGGGGGACAAGGCCACUGUUCAUUGGCUGCUGGGGAACCGUGUGGCAGGCUCACACCAGAGCGGCUGGGCUGCCAUGGGAAGGAGGCUGCUUCUGAGGUCGGUGCAGCUCAGUGACUCCGGAAACUAUUCAUGUUACCAGGACGGCCGCCUGGCCGGAACCGUGCAUUUGCUGGUGGACGUGCCCCCUGAGGAGCCCCAGCUCACCUGCUUCCGGAAGAGUCCCCUCAGCAAGGUAGUCUGUGAGUGGGGUCCUCGGCGCCCACCCUCCCCGACGACCAGGGCCACGUUACUGGUGAGGAAGUUCCGGAGCAGCCCGCUGGGGGACUCCCAGGAGCCGUGCCCGUAUGCCCAGGGGUCCCGGAAGUUCUCCUGCUUGCUGGAGGUCCCGGAGGGAGACAACUCCUUGUAUGUCGUGUCCCUCUGCGUCAGCAACAGUGCUGGAAGCAAGUCCGGCAGACCCCACACGUUUGAGGGCUACGGAAUCCUGCAGCCUGACCCGCCUGCCAACGUCACUGUCACUGCUGUGGACGGAAAUCCCCGCUGGCUCAGUGUCACCUGGGAAGACCCCCCCUCCUGGAACUCCUAUUUCUACAGGCUGCAGUUUGAGCUCCGGUACCGGGCUGAACGGUCAAAGACGUUCACCACGUGGAUGGUGCAGGAGCUCCAGCACCACUGCAUCAUCCACGAUGCCUGGAGAGGCAUGCGGCACGUGGUGCAGCUCCGGGCGCGGGAGGAGUUUGGGCACGGCUCCUGGAGCGCCUGGAGCCAGGAGGCCACGGGCACGCCCUGGACAGAAUCCAGGAGCCCUCCAGCUGAGAGCGAGGCGGCGUCUUCCACGCAGGCACUGACUACUAACAAGGACAAUGAAAGUAGUCUCUCUAAAAAUCCUGCAAAUGCAACCAGCCUCCCAGUGCAAGACUCUUCUUUGGUGCCGCUGCCCGCCUUCCUGGUGGCCGGAGGAAGCCUGGCCUUUGGGACACUCCUGUGCAUCGGCGUCGUCCUGAGGUUCAAGAAGACGUGGAAGCUGCACACGCUGAAGGAAGGCAAGGCGAGCGUGCACCCGCCGUACUCGCUGGGACAGCUGGUCCCCGAGAGGCCCAAGCCCACCCCGGUUUUGGUGCCCCUCAUCUCCCCGCCGGUGUCCCCCAGCAGCCUCGGGUCUGACAGCACCUCGAGGCACAGCCGACCGGAUGCCAGGGGCCCACAGAGCCCUUACGACAUCAGCAACAGAGACUACUUCUUCCCCAGAUAGCGGCAGGCGGGCUGCCAGGCCCUCCGAGCCUCGUGAGUGACGAAGCACAAACUGGCUCAUCUCAGGUGCCGGGGCCUCACGGAAGGUGCUUCACUUCCCGAAACAGGGUUGCUGCCUCUGUCCAGAAGGAAGAGGUGGCUGAGUCUUGGAACCACCCUUUCCCAAGUGCCUAAAGAGGUCGACCCCCGGAGGAGGCAGGUCACCAUCGUGCUGAACACUCAGGUGGACGAGCUGCCGGCCACCCACGCAGCCAGACUCCUCUGCGCGAGCGGCAGCCUGCGCCAGGUGGGACGGAUUUCCGGCCGAGACUCCCCGGGCACCUCCUGGCCUGCCGAGCAGCUCCGCCUUCCAGCCUCAGUUCUUGGAGCCCGCGUGCCUUGGCAAUUCAGCCUUUCCAGGCCUGAGGAUGGGAGAAGCACCUGCCUUUCUUCCCCACACCUGAAAAUAGCACAGCGGGUCGCCUAGUAUCUCAGGGCCUGGUGGUUUGAAAUGGAAUUGUAAUUAGUUCCUCAUUAGCAUUUUGCUAAAUGCGAAUGGCGAUCCCAGGCACUUGCUGAAUCCAGAGCAGGUGCAGGCUCGACUUCCCUCUUUGGAUCCCAGGACUUCAGGAGGAGAGAAGCAGAAGAGAGGGGACGGUCGUGGAGAGACAGGCCUCCGUGUCCUCCCCAGGGGUGGCACUGCCCGGGGACCCGGCCUCUGGAAGCCAGCUUCCCUGUCUCCCCACCCUGCUCCCCCACGAGGAGGACUGGCAGGGACUUCUGCCGGCGGGGGGGGUGUCGCAACUGCUGUUCUUCUACCUUGUUUUCAGCUGAGCCUGAGAAACAAGGGAAGAUAAUGUUUAUGUGAAAAGACAAAGAACCCGGCAAGAAUGUAUUUUAACUUGUUUUUCUUAAAAAAAAACCCCAAAACUGCUGUUUUAUCUUCAAGGGUGGGAGGGCCAGUAUUCGCUGAGUGUCAGUAUAUGAGUAACUUGGGGGAAAAGCACAAUAACCUUGUUUAGCACAAAAUUGAGUCAAGUGAAAAAGGAGGAGAAAAGAUAAUUUUCCUUUUAGAGCAGAGAGUCUGGUUUCAUUCUACAUCUUGUUUUUGUCUUAAAAAGUGAGAACAUAGUCUGUCUCCCUUAACCUGGGGAAAGCAGCUGCUUACCCCGCCAGGCCGGGGCAGCGGAGAGGGUGUCCGGCCCCCACCCCCGAGCCCUUGGUUGUGGGAGGGGGCUCCCUACAGAGUCCCCCACCUCGGGGUCUUCUUAGUUCCUCGAUUUGAUUCAGCCCAGCUAGGAUCAGAGCACCCACUGACUGUGGCCACGUGGCCUCACCAGCGCCCUCAUGGCGAGUCCGGGCUUUGACAGUUCAGGGAUGCGUGUGGUCACCCAAACGAGGGCCCUCGAGCAGCAUGGGGUGUCCCAGAAUGAAGCUGUGGUUACAGGCAGCCUCGUAACCACCGCUGAACAUUUACCAGACCACAGACUUUUCUAGUAGCCUGCUUUUUUAGACAGACAACCACCAGCACCAGACAGGUGGUGAGAGGAUGAAAAUGACCGGGUGUCCUUACCGGUUGCCAGGGUCAGGCCGCGCUGCCCGAGUCCAUAAAUCUCAGGCCCUGUUGCUGCUCUAGGCAACUAGUCUUCAGUUGACCGAAGUUAGGCAGGUGUCUUUUGUUGUUGUUUUUCUCAAGUUUGAGAACAGCAAAAAUGCCAUUAAAGGGAAAUAUGCAAAACGAGAAUGUGCAUGAGAAAGGUCUUUACCUCUUGGCGAGGUUAGGUUUUACUGGAGCCGAGAUGGUGGAAGAUGGACGGGCAGAUAGCAGGCAGCGCCUGGCUGCUGAGAGCCGCCAGCUUUGAUCUCCCAACUGUUAUUGCUUUCAUUAUUAUUGUAAUGAAACUGCCUUUUUUUUUUUCCUGUAUUGGAGAGGGUUUUUUUCCCUUUAUGUCUAUAUAAGCUAGUGAAAAUGAAGGAAGAGGGUUUUUCUGUGGGUUGCAGGCUGUGCCCUGUGAGCGCAGUGCACCGCUAAGCUCUGUGCUCAAAUCCGCGGGCCGUGAGCGCGCUCCUACCCGUGGUCACCGCCCCUGGGUCCGGCAGGGCACCUGUUGCCCGUCCCCCUCAGCAGAUGUUACCCACCUGGCCUGCAGCACAGCCAGACCGAGAGGACAGCUCCUCCUGCUGGGUGGGAAAAGCUGAAAAUAUGCUGGUUCAGGGUCUAAAUGUGCUCAGUAAUUCUUGUAGCAUUAAUGACAACUUUUUUGAAAUGUCAAGGGGGUAGCAUUGAAUGGACGAGAGUUCUUUGUUCUGACGAGGUCUUGCCCUUGAGGCCUGUUUGCCGGGCUCUGGGCUCACAGAACCUCUGCCAGUUCCCUGCUAUCCUGGGGGCGGGACACCUUGAUAAGGGGUCGGGAGCCCACCUGGUGGUGAGCAGAGCCGUGUGGGGUAGGCUGGGCCUGGUCAUGGUUUCUGGGCUUCCUGCAGAACGUUCAGGAUCGUCUUGCCUCCUCAAAGGUACUGAAGGUUGACUCACUUGGGGAAGAGUCUGUCCUCCAGUUUCAGGUGGAGUUGGUGAGAAACGGGUCUUCAUCUGGAGAAGCAGGGGUCACGGGGGGUCCUUCAGAGGCCACGCCGGCUUUCUCACGUGGCAGGCGGCGGUGGGGCUGUUGGGAGGCAGGCCAGCUGGUUCGGCGUCUGUCCCCCUCGUGUCCCCUGCGUCCCUCCAGCAUCACGUCCUCCCGUGUGGCCUGGUGGCAGAGCCGGGGAGUUUCUAUGACAACCUUACUGAUUAUUAAAGAACGCUGUCGGUUUUAUGAACAUGUGCUCAGAUGAAGGUCUGCUGUAGAAAGAGCACUGGAACAGCACGUAGCAAGGCUGUGAAUUAGCAGACACCACGUUUGGAUGGGGAUCACACACCCGUUAAAUACAAUACCUCAGCUUUUUUUUUUGGAGAAAAAUAGUUUUAAUUUUUGUUUUUAUUUUUUACCUAAUUACCUGAAAGCAAAUACCAAAGGCUGAUGUCUGUAUGUGGGGCAAAGGGUCAGUAUAAUGUUUUUCAGUAUUUUUCUUUUUAUCAGCUAUUUUCCAUUUGAAGUGAAAAUUGUAAAUGUUUGAAAUAAAUAA